AUGGCAUCCGACAACGACAACAACGCGGAUCAUUCAGUGACAGGUGGCCCUACGUCCUCCAACGCCCCUAUCGCCCCCGUCGCCAUCUUCAAGAAACGAGGCGCCAAAGGGAAAGCAAAUAUCAGGAAACGCCCGGCGACGCCGCCGCCUGCCAACAGUGACAGCGACGACGACGCCUACACCUCGUCCGAAGACGAGGCGGGCCAGCGAAUCAAGAGGCGGAAGAAGAACACAGCUGUCAUAACCGCCUCGUCCAAGGACAACAGCGCCACCGCUCCCAGCCGAGACCACGGCGCCACCAUCUUCGAAGCCGACCGCAGCGUCCCCAUCACGAGCUCCAACGACGCCACCAAGCAAACCAACUGGUUCGACGAGGACGCGAACCUCCUGGGCAAGACACGGCCCUUACCGACGCCGAAGGACUCCGCCGCCGUGGCCACCGCGACCGCCCAACCAGACGGGACCUACAAGGGCCUGGCUAACCAGACCACCUUCAUACAGCGCAACCCGAACGCGCCGAACCGGACAGUCGGCCCCAUCAAGGCAGCAACCAAUAUCCGCACCGUCACCGUCACCGACUUCGCUCCCGACGUGUGCAAGGACUACAAGCAGACCGGAUUCUGCGGUUUCGGCGACAACUGCAAGUUCUUGCACGCGCGCGAGGACUACAAGCAAGGGUGGCAGCUCGACCGCGAGUGGGAGAACGUGUCGCGGGGCGGCAAGAAGUCGGCCGGGACUGUCGUCGCGAGCGCGAACCGCAACGCCAAUAACGACGGCGGCGGCGACGACGACGCAGCCGAGGAGGCCUUACUCGAGAAGAUCCCGUUCGCCUGCGUCAUCUGCAAGGGCCCGUACAAGGAGCCCAUCGUCACGCGCUGCCAGCACUACUUCUGCCUGCCCUGCGCGCUCCAGCGCUACCGCAAGGACCCGAGCUGCGCCGCCUGCGGCGCCGGCACCGGCGGCGUCUUCAACACCGCCAAGACGCUCAACAAGCUGCUCGAGAAGAAGAAGGAGCGCCAGGCACGCAAGCGCCAGCGGGCCAUCGAGGCUGGCGAGGACGUGCCCGAGGAGGGAGAGGAGCAAGAGGAGGCAAAGGAGGAGGCUCCGCCGGGAGCGCUCGGGUAUCCUAGAUCAGGUGCUAUACGCGUCUCGAAGGUCACGAAACCUUGA